UGAUUCGCAUCCCAUUGACUCGUCGUUUGUUUAGUCCUUUGUUUGAUCCGAUGUGCCGGAUGUCCCGCUGUACGCUCCUUGUUUUGUGCCACUUGGCCCACCUGGCCCACAUGGCUGCCAUGCGGGAAUCGUAUGUGGUGUUGGACGACACCAUGGUGUGCGAGUGCAAAGAGGUGAAAUCCGUGACGGAUUGCCCGGACUACAAGAUCAAGAAAGACGGCUUCCCGCCCGGCUUCCCUCGUUACUAUCAUGAGAAGGUUCAAUCCGAGACGAAGUGGGUAAACUUGUGCUGCCGUAUGGCUCCAAAGAAGAAAAAAGGCUCCUGGAGCUUCAAACCUUGGAAAAGCUCUUAUGUUGCCCAGAACAAGGAGCGAUGCUUGGAAGAAACACGACCGCUGCAGACACGCGGUUGUUGCAGCCUGGUGGGCUCCACCGAGGUCUACGGGGGCGCGUUCCAACUUUUCCUGAGAUCUGCAAAAGUCUAUAGCAUGGCCCACCCGAAGAUGUUACCAAGCGGAAACCCGACCUGGAAGGACUACGAGAAAAAGUCCAAGGUCUUCAUGGAGCCCGAGGGCAUUUUGGGCGCCAAAAUUAAUGGUGGGAAAAAAAUUCUGCCCAAGGAACUCCUGCCAGAGAUGGAAGGCAUCAAGAAGCUCAUGAAAAAAGACGGAGAUCUCCAGUGUGAAGAGGAUUUGGCACAAGCUAUCGCAGGGGGUAGUGGCUACUGCCAAGUCCGUAUGAAGGAACCGCUCUGUUGCUGCGCAGCGGAAGACUUGGACGAUGAAUCGGAUGAAAUGCAAUGUCUGGAGAUGGCCUGUGCGCCCAAAGGAAGUCGAGUGCACCUCGUUGCUGAAGGCUUGAAGGAUCAAAUGGACGGCCCUAUCAUAGUGGGGUGGAAGACCAUCUGGCCUGACCCUUAUGAAACGUGCCCCCAACGGCACAAGAACUUCGUGAAAGUCCCAGUGAGUCCAGUCCAGGGACGUGAAGGUGUCCUGAAGUCCUGCGACCGCAAGGUGACGAGAUCUCUCGGAUCGGUUUUUCACAGGGUCAGAAAAACCAUGGAACUUUGCGUUGAGGCUGACUUUGAAUUGCCGUGCCCUGCUGGAAAGGUGAUGUAUAGGAUGAUCAAAGGUUCGCAUAUUGCUGGCAAUGAGUUUUCCUGUCCUGCGGGACUCAAGAGCAACUUACCAGGUGAUCCUGAGAACGAUUCCAGGUGCAAAUGCGACUGAGGGCUGCUCUUAGCCUUAAGCAGACCGCUUGCUCCAAGACUGCGCAGCAAUCAUCGUGAAAAUAUGGCAAUCUUUCCGUUGCAAAGGAUCCUGAAGUUGAAAC